UAUAAAUGGAGAAUACUUGAGCUUUGGAAAGUGGUGUGGCGGAAGAAGAGGGGAGACUUAGAGAGCAAAUACGAGAGAAGGGGACUAGUGUAGAGCGCAAAUUCCUUAUUUCAGUCUCUUAUGGUAGGGGAAUCACUUGUUGGUAUGGGGUCUGAGAUGAAGAGCCACCGGAAUGGGUGAAUACUAAGAUCAGCAAGGUGAAGCUGUUUGAUAAAAGAGCUUCAAAGGUAAGAUUUCAUUGUAUCGGUGUAAACACGAGACAUCAUGUUCAUGAAGUAAUGCAAAGGAUAAAUGUGGGGAAAAUUGAAACUUUGGAGUUCAGUGGGCAAAAAUUAGAAGAUGACAAAAUUUUAAAUAGAAUGAGUUUUGCAUGAUUAUGAAGGUAUAUUCCUAAGGUUUGGAUCUUCCUGAAAUUAUCCCAUCUUUCACUCUCAAGUAAUCAGCUAGAGAUUAUUUUUAACAAUAUUGGCAACAUCCACACUCUUGAGAUAAACUUGUGCAAAAUCCAUACAAAAGGUGUGAAAAUUUGGCCAAAUAGAACUCCAAGGAUAUCCCAACUCCUAAUCCACGGUUGAUUUCCAAAGCUAACAAACUCAGAAAUGAUACCAAUCUACCUCCAAAACCUUCUCAUCUGCUUCUCAAAUUCCUCUAUCAAAGAUUCCCUCACUUUGAUCUCAGGCGAUACGACUCCUCUCUACCGUAAAAAACUUCGCACCUUAUUCACCCUAUACUCUGAACCACCAGCCCCCCCUAAUCUCAGCUCAAAGAGUCCUUCUGGCCCGUCCAAGUCUAAAAAAUGCCUCAUAUUUUAAGCCAAAAGAAUAUAAUUCUAUUCAA